AUGAUCGACGUACGUCUAUUUCUUGUUCCUCCUGUACUUCCAUUUUUACUAGUGGUAGGUUUGAAGCAAGCUCCAUGGCUCAACUUUGGUCUAUCGAACCCAAAUGCACACGCUCCGCCAACGUUCACAGCGAAUGAAACCAGAUAUGAAGAUAGAGUGUUUUCCAACUCUUCCGUGAAAUCACCAGCAAUACGUUUAAAUCCGCUGCUAAAAUCUACGACGUUAUCUGGUCACCCUUCAACACCGAGAACAGUAACGGAAGUGGCAAACGAAGAUGUCGAAAGGACCUCGAAUAAAGACGGGAAAAACAAGGCAUCUGAGAAGAACAUACUCAACAAAGCCUGGAAAAGUGAAAUCGUGAAUGAAAUUUUGGAUGAAAGGGCGCUGGAAAAUGUUUCGAAGGAUGGCCUAGAGAAAAGCAUCAAAGAAGAGAAGAUGUUUAAAGAGGCCUUCAAUAAAUGCACGGAUGCAAGGUUCUCAAAGAAGGUUGUGGACAAGAGUGCAUCGAUAGACAACUUGAAGAGGAAUGCUUUAGAAGAAAACGUGCUCAAGAACACCUCGGAAGAAAAUAGAAAGAAGAAGGUUUCGAAGGAGAACAUGAAUAGUUCCAAUGCCGUGGAAAAGAAUGUGGUUAAGAACGAAGCAAGGAAGAGCAUGAAUAAGAAGGCGGUGGAAGAGGUAGUGAUCAUCAGCUCCUCCGAUGAGAGUGCGAAUGAGGCCACAGAAAACAAGCAGAUGGUUAAGGAUCGAAAAACUUCCAUAGAGUCACGAAAGAGGAAGAUCAAGAAGAUGAAUGAGUUUUCAAAAGAAAAUAAGAUGUUCAAGGAGGACUUCGAAAACGGGCCAAAAAACUUUUUUCAAGCUACGAAAGAGGAUAUUUACAAAUCCCUUUCUAUUGCAUUAGAUUUUUUAAUAAUGAGGACCGUUAAACGAGAGCUGUGA